ACAAAAGUUAAAUGUAGGAGUCUUAGAAUUCAACAUUAGAAAAUCAAGUUGCAUUCGGUUCAGAUGUCUUUGAGAUCAUAGAUGUUGAUAUUUAUAUUAAAUUUUAGAAAGUAAACAAGAAUCCUUGUUAAGGGCAAAAUUUAAUAAGAAAACAAUCAUUUGGAAAUAAAUAAGCAAUUAGAUCAAUAAGUUCAUUAAAAAAUAAUGAAGUAAUAUUAUAGAAAAUAUAUAAUUAAGAGCAAGAUAAAGUUAAAUAAUCGUUAAUAGCUUAAAAAAUCAAAAGAUGAUCAUCCACUAACAUAAAAAGAAUAAUUUGAUUAUAAAUUGAUUUAAGUGGAAAUAUCAGAUUUCAUAAUAAUAGAACAUCAAUAAGGUGGUAGAGAUUAUAAAAUUUUGGACUAAAAUGAUUGGAAGAGAAUAAUUAAAUAGAAAUCAUUAAAUGGUUAUUAAAUGCAUGAUAUACAUGUAACAUUAUUAACAUAAAAUCUAUUUUUUAUUGAAAGAAGGGAAAUUUGGUAAUUGUUUUGUUCUAUAGAUUCAAUUAAAUAACAAAUUUAAUAAAAAAAUACUUCAUUUUAGAAGUAUUCGAGUUAAAACAAUUAUUUUUCAACUAAAAUUGAUUUAGAUAUUCCAAGAGCAUUAAAGAAUAACAAAUUCUUGACUUCAGUAAGCAUGAAAUUAAACUUAGUAAGAAAAUCAAAAUAGUUUAAGAAAAAUUUUAAUAGCAUAUGCAAACUAUGAUCCUGAAUUAGGUUAUACAUCUGGAAUGAAUAUAAUUGCUGCCAAUCUAUUAAUUUGUUAUGAUUUAAGAACAAAUGAUGAGAAAUUUUUAGAAGGUAUAUUCUAAUAUUUAAAUAAAAUAUUUUAGAUGUUGAAAUAAUAGAUCCAUUAAGAGAUGAAAAUGUUUUCUACUUAUUUAUAUAUAUAAUGGUGGAAUUAAAUUGGAGAUCUGUAUUUAUUCCUGGAUUUCCAGGAAUAACUAGAAUGAUUAAGGUCUUAGAUUUAAAAUUUAAGAAUGAAUUACCUAAGUUAUAUGCACAUUUUUAAGACUUGAAUAUUAAUUUAAAUGCUUGUUUUUAACAAUAAUACUUAUCCUUAUUGAUGAAUGAAAUUUCUUGGGAAAUUAGUAGAAUGAUUUUUGAUAUAUUACUUUUUGAAGGGGAAGUUAUCAUUCAUACAUUUCUUAUUGGUAUGUUAAAAUAUUGUUAAGAGAAUCUCUUAAAAAUGCAAACUUUUGAAGUAAACAAUAAUAUAUUUUAAAGUAAAUUACUAAUUUUUGUAUGUGUGAGAUGAUUGUACAAUUUUAUGAAUUAUUUUCAGUAAAAUUUAUAGGAAACAAAGAUUUUGCUACUAUUCUCUUAAAUUUAGGAUUUAUAAAAAUUUAAGGAGAAAUUAUUGUUCCUUAACCCUCAUCUCCUGUUGUUUAGGUUAAACAAAAUAAGUUUGAAAUUUGGAAAGGAACAUUCUUAAAGAAUUUUUUUAAAAAAAAAUGA